CAAUUGUCAACUUCACGGAAUAGCGUAAAACGUCAAAUCACUGUCCGGCGAAAUUCAUUUGAAAUGAAAGAUCUGUAUUAAACACAAUAUUUAGUAUUCAUAUAUCGUAUUUUACCUAAAGAUUACUUAAUUUUAUUACACUUCAAUAAAGAAACAGGGAAAAAUAACCAGCAUGGAGCAAAUUUUACAUCAUGUUGCUCAGAAUGUUGAGAAACAGCUUGACAGUGAGAUUGAAAGGUUAGAUGCUAUGGACAACAGUGAUUUGGAGGCUAUUAGACAGCAAAGGAUCGCUGAAAUGAAACAGAGAGCUAAACAAAAACAGGAAUGGCUUGCAAUUGGUCAUGGAGAAUACACAGAGAUUGACAAUGAAAAAGAGUUUUUUGGUGUGUGUAAUAAGAGUGAAAAUGUUGUCUGUCACUUCUAUCGAAAUGACACACCCAGGUGUCGUAUUGUUGAUAUGCAUCUAAAGAUUCUCGCUAAAAAACAUAUAGAGACCAGAUUUGUUAAACUUGAUGCAGAAAGAGCUCCAUUCUUAACAGGUCGUCUAAAAAUUCGUAUCAUACCCACAAUUGGUCUGGUAAAAUCCAACAAAACAAAGGACUUUAUUGUAGGCUUCACAGACCUUGGCAAUCGCGAUGACUUCUCCACAGACAUACUUGAGUGGAGAAUUGCCAGAUCAGAGGUGAUAGAAUACUCAGGUGACUUGUUGGUGCCCCCUGCAGAAGCUAAAAAACAAAGAGCUUUACACAUUCAAAGCAAGAAAACAAUAAGAGGAGGGAAUGACUCCGACUCUGAUAUUGAUUUUAGUGACUAAUAAAAUAUAAUUUUAUACUUUAAAAUUUUCAUUAUGUUUAUAUCAGCCAGUAGUAAAAAAAAGUCAAAUGGCUUAAAUACUUUUUUAUGAAACUAUGGUGUUUAGUAGAGAAAAAAAAUUAACACAAUUAUAUAUUAUGUCUAAUAAUCAGCUUUAAUAUUAUUUGUAUAUGAAUAUUUUAAAUAUUAAAUUCGCUGUUUAUAUUUUAUGAUACAAUAAAAUUUUACUUUAUUUCCUCA